AUUUUUCAACAUUUCUGCUGGAUCCAAAAUGGUCUUUGGGUUCUUCAGCUGGAUGCAAGAUCUUUGAUUCUUCAGCUGGGUGUAAGAUCUUUGGGCUCUUUGGCUGGAUGCAAGGUGAUGCAAGGUUUUUGGAUUCUUCAGCUGGAUCCAAGAUGCAAAGUAGUUUUUUGGGUUCUUCGGCUGGAUCCAAGGUGCAUGGUGG